AUGGCGGGAACCUGGGGGCGCAUGGAAGGUGGGCGGUGGGUGGUGUCCCGGUUCACACGCGUCCAGAGGGACCGACGACCCCAGGGAAGCUCCGAGGGGGGAAAUCGAGUACUCGGGACGAGAGUGACCCUCGUGGGCUCCGAAGUCCCGACUGGGCCACUCCGGGUCGGGCCUCGGGUUCCGCCUCCGCGAAAUGGGCCACUGGCGCUGGCCGCGGUGCAGAGCGCUGGCGUUUCCCGGAACGGACGGGCUCGGCGGCGGCGCUCGGGAUGCCCGGCGGUGCGCGGCGCCCGAACCAACCGGACGGGGCCGGGACCAUCCGGGCCCCCUGCCUGUUCCCCAAGGGCCCUCAACCCCUGUGUCUCCACAAGAGAGACCCGGGCAGGAGGCCUGGCCACCUCCAGAGUUCAAAAUGUAAACCCAGGCAGCCCGACUCUGCACGGCUUGCGUGGGUCCCCUGGUCCUGGCAGAGGCAGGGCAGGGCCGGAGAGGAAGCAGGACCCUCCUCUGACCACUCAGGGGCCUCGGGACUGGAGUCCGUGCCCACUGCAGCUCCAGACAAGUCACAGAGGACUCAUCCUUUCCUCUCUCCUCUGUACCACCCUCCAUCCCCACCCCACCCCCAGGAAGAAAACCGUCUACAAGAGUGUGUGCCUGUCCCUGGCCCUGCUUGUGGCCGUCACGGUAUUCCAGCGCAGUCUGACCCCCCACCAGUUUCUUCAAGAGCCCCCGCCGCCCACCCUAGAGCUACAAAAGGCCCAGAACCCAAGCGGACACCUGGUGAACCCCAACAGCUUCUGGAAGAACACCAAGGAUGCGGCUGCCCCCACGCCCACGGCCCCGCCAGGGCCCCGGACUUGGGACAUCAGCACCACUAACUGCUCAGCCAAUAUCAACCUGACCCACCAGCCCUGGUUCCAGGGCCUGGAGCCCCACUUCCAGCAGUUCCUGACCUACCGCCACUGCCGCUACUUUCCCAUGCUGCUGAACCACCCGGAGAAGUGCAGCGGCGCCGUCUACCUGCUGGUGGUGGUCAAGUCGGUCAUCACGCAGCACGACCGCCGCGAGGCCAUCCGCCAGACCUGGGGCCGGGAGCAGGAGUCGGGCCGCGGCGCCGUGCGCACGCUCUUCCUGCUGGGCACGGCCUCCAAGCAGGAGGAGCGCGCGCACUACCAGCAGCUGCUGGCCUACGAGGACAGGCUCUAUGGCGACAUCCUGCAGUGGGACUUCCUGGACAGCUUCUUCAACCUGACCCUCAAGGAGAUCCACUUCCUCAAGUGGUUCGACAUCUACUGCCCCCACGUCCAGUUCAUCUUCAAGGGCGACGAUGACGUCUUCGUCAACCCCACCAACCUGCUCGAGUUCCUGGCUGACCGGCAGCCCCAGGAAGACCUGUUCGUGGGCGACGUCCUGCAGCACGCGCGGCCCAUCCGCAAGAAGGACAACAAGUACUACAUCCCCGGCGUCCUGUACAGCAAGGCCAGCUACCCACCGUACGCGGGCGGGGGCGGCUUCCUCAUGGCCGGCGGCCUGGCCCGGCGCCUGCACCGCGCCUGCGACACCCUGGAGCUCUACCCCAUCGACGACGUCUUCCUGGGCAUGUGUCUGGAGGUGCUGAGCGUGCAGCCCACGGCGCACGAGGGCUUCAAGACGUUCGGCAUCUCCCGGAACCGCAACAGCCGCAUGAACAAGGAGCCCUGCUUCUUCCGCUCCAUGCUCGUGGUGCACAAGCUGCCGCCCGCCGAGCUGCUGGCCAUGUGGGGGCUGGUGCACGGCAAUCUGACGUGCGCCCGCAGGCUGCAGGUGCUUUGACCCCGGCCGCACCGCGGGGACAGGCAGGGCCGCGUGUUCCCGAGCCCCAGGCAGCGGGGGGCUGGAGCCACGAUGCCAGGACAGAGACCGGGGCCCCCCGCGGGGCAGUGGGGGGGCUGGGGCUUCGUGUGCCCAUGGGUGUGAUGGGGCGCAGUUAGCCAGAGGGGGCCUCCCUGCCUGCACGUUACCCAGAAAGUGGAGCUGAGGCCCGGGAACGUUUGCAGCUGUCCCGCCAGCGGAAGAUCGUCUUGGGAGCGAGGCCGUGGGCCGCUGGUAGCCCUCCUGACCUGGGUUCCCUGCCUGGCUCCCUGUGACCUGGCGGUCUCUGAAGGAACCCCGUGCUCAGGUACCCGGGUUAGGCCUGGCCCUGGAUGGGUCAGUGGCGGCCUCUUGUCUUCACAGAGAAGAUUCUCCUUCUCCCAUGAAAUGCCUCGGUCUCCCCCACGGUCCCAAGCUGCCCUUUCAGGAGAAGCUCAUCCCUGUGCAGGCUCACAGGCCCUCCCCUCCGACCCCGCGGCCCAUGCCCCUGGGUCUCCAGGAGAUGGAAGCUCGGAAGGCCCUCAGCACCACCCCCGCCCCCAAUCCUGCCUGGAGUCACUGCUCAGUCUCUGCUCGCAGGUGGCUUCACUCCUGGCUGUGUCCUGUGAUGCUCCAUCAGCCCCUGUCUGGAAGUGCGGCUGGCCGCCCUGACUACCUCAGCAAUGCUCAGAACCUCCGAUGGGCUGCAGCCCCACUCCACCCCCGACACAGGGCCAGAGAGCAGUGCUCCAGCCCCCGCAGUCACGGUGCUGCCCAACCCACCGAGGGCCCUCGUGCGGUCCCACCGAGGCCUGGCUCCCCAGCCGGAAACCAGCCGGUUUGGCCCUGGAGGUGGACGUUCCUCUAUUACUGUGAAGUUUUAUUUAUGAAGAAUUUGGAGGGAGAGAGUGCCAGGCCUCGGGAGAUGUGGUGUUCUUCCUUUCCCUUCCCUCAUUCCAGCAAGAUACCACCUCCCUCGGCCACUCACCACCCCCCCACCCAGGGCACCCCCAUGCCUGUUACAGUCCCCCUCCGGAACCCUGCCCUCCCUGCCUGCCUACUUCUCCAGGGUCUGAGCAGACCAGCAUGGGCCCCUGUGAAGGGAUGGAGUGAACCCUCAGGCGUCCUUGGGGAUGGGCGCAGAAGGGUGCCCCCUCAUAUCAGGGUGGAGACACCUGGGAAAGGAUUGAGGGAUCAACUCUGUUUUCUCAAUAAAAGGGGGCUGGUUUUUUCUGGUGUGUGACUUCCCGUCACCAUUUCCAUCAGAAAGAGUCUGGGGCUGGGGUUGCCAGAGAUUUCUGAAGACACAGCUUGUUCUUGCCCUUGGCUGCUGGGUCCACAAGGACCCCUUGAAGGGCUUUAGAGGGAGGCACGUGCCAGGAUUAAAGCAGAGAGCACAAGGGCCAGAGUCUAGAGAGCUGGCUCCUGGAGGAGUUACUGUGGGGGAGAAACAUGGCGGCUAACGGAGGGGGUGGGGGCUGGUCAGGCCCAGUAUGAGAAGGUCAGGAGCCCGUGAGGGAGGCAGGGCCUGUGAGGCCUUCUGGGUUUCAGGAAGGUGUUCAGACUUGAUCCUGAGAGAGCAAAGGGGCAAGGAGCAGGAGCCCUGGGUGUGCACUCCCUUCCUCGGGGCUCACUGGUGUCUCCAGCUGGGCCCCAGGAAAGGGAGCUCUCAGUGGAGACUGUGCAUUCCCAGCAUGGGAACUUCUCAGCCGUGGGCCCCAUGGGCAGCCUUGCUCCUGAUCCCAUUUCAGACCUCAGGGGCCGAGGCCUAGGCAGACAGAGCUGGCAGACAAGUGGGGCGCCGGCAUUAGCACAGCAGAAGGAAGGGAGGAAGGUCGGGAGCCCACCAAAGGGGACCAGUGUAACAGGCACCCCAGCACAAGGUGGGGAACAGGCUUCAGCCCUGGGUGUGACACUGCACCUUUGUCUCGAAGGAGGAGUGGCAUUCCUGUGGUAGAAGGGGAAGGAGGGUUCCCAGGCUGGGGACAUGUGCAACAGCCCAGAAGAGCAAAACAGGGGCGUCCGGAGGAGCAGCCGGCUGCCUGGUGUGGACAGUGUGGAGUUGGGAGGGAUGGGGUGGGACAUCCUGGUAAAAAACCUCGUCUGGCUAAGAGUUAGGAUGCUUUCUGCUGGCACUGAGGACUCAUCACAGCUUCCAGAGCCAAGAACAAACAAGAUUAAGAUGGGAACCCUAGAAGCAUGCCCUUGACCCCAGUCCCCCUUGUCCCUUUGGCAAGGGGAGGCAGCCAGUCCCAGGACCCAGGAACAUCAGUCUGGGAACAUGGAACAUGGCCCCAAGGCCUCCCCACCACUGUCCCUGGCUCCUCUGUCCCCUCAGCAGGAACAGGGCUUCACAAAAGAAGGGGCUGGUGACCUGGAACUGCUGAGACCCUGCCCACCCUAAGCCAGCUGUCUAGAAGAACGGCCCAGCCCAGAGGGCACCCCAGCUGACCAGCCCUCAGCCAGCUCCUGGCCUGGCUCUGGCCCUUCCACCCACCUGGCCCUCAUUUCCUCCAUCUGCCUGGGAGUGUAACCUGGCUGCCUCCAAGGAGUAUGACCUUGGCCUUUCCAAGGUCUGUUGCUGAUCAUUUUGGGAAACAGACCCAGUGGCCUUUCAGGUCUUAGAGUCUUGCUUCCCAGUAACAGUGAUGGCAAAAAGGCCACUUUAUGGAGCUUAUUCACUUUGCCUGGCAUUUCACAUGUAUAAUGGGUAUGACCUUCACUGAGGGUACAAACACAGAUACAUUUGAAUGUUUGUCGUGGACUGAUGGAGUUCGAGUCCCUCCUGUGCCCUUAUUGGCAGAAAAUUGAAGUAGAAUAUGUCAUUCCAAAAUAUGCCUCUUUGGCAUGAAAAUUAUCUUGAGCUGGUUAUUUUUAAGAAACAGCAGACACAGGAGAAGCUCUGAAAACUGGGUUAGAUGUGACCCUUUUGUAGGGGGCAUUUAAACUUGUAAAAGAAAUCUCCAUUUGGGUCUCCCUCUCCACACCGGGAAGAGGAGGGAAGAGGAGGACGGCUCUGUAUCAGAAUCAUAACAUCUGAAAUCUGCCUAACAACCUUACGUGGGUUUGCUGUCCUUUUCCUGGUAACCUCCCAUAAGUGACUAGCCCUACCCAACACACACGCACACACACA